AUGGUAGUUGCUGCUUUUUUCCUUUAUCCCCAACUAAUGACUAAACAAACUACAGAAUUGGAAGUCCGACCCGUCAUUGAAUUUGAAAAGAAAGAUGAGAUUGCUGAUCCUCAAGACGAAAGAGCGAUAGAAAUUGAAAGAGCUGUAGAAAUUGAAAACGUUAUUGAAGUUGAUAAAGUUAUAGAAGUUGAUAAAGUUGAUAAAGUUAUAGAAGUUGAUAAAGUUGAUAAAGUUAUAGAAGUUGAUAAAGUUAUAGAAGUUGAUAAAGUUAUAGAAGUUGAUAAAGUUAUAGAAGUUGAUAAAGUUAUAGAAGUUGAUAAAGUUAUAGAAGUUGAAAGAGCCAUAGAAGUUGAAAGAGCCAUAGACGACACCAUUAAGGGAAAGGCAGCUAAACAUACGAAAAUCUGUACAAGCCUUUCUUGA